UUCAGCCGAACCUGUAACAAUCCAGCCCUGUGCCACUGGAACCCUUGUUACUUCCAACAUGACAACCCUCUUACACACUGGAGGCAACUGGUCCACUGGUCUAUUUGAUAUCUGCAGUGACAAGACAAUUUGUAUGUGUGGCUUGUUGUGCAGCCCUUGUCUGGAAUGUAGACUUGCGAGCAAGUAUGGUGAGUGCUUUUGCUUCCCAUUGCUACUGGGUUCAACCUUAGCCCUAAGAGCCGGCAUCAGAGAGAGACACAGCAUACAUGGAACUCUCUGCGAAGAUUGGAUGGCAGUUCACUGCUGCUGGCCUUGUGCAAUCUGUCAAAUGGCUCGAGAAAUGAGGAUAAGACCUCUGUUCCAGGUCUACAAAAUGCACCGUUCCCCUCCUCCUCUUCUGACCGAAGAUGUACUUGUUUAAAAAUGCUCUCCCCCUCAUCUCCAGAGGCCCCUUUAAAGGCAAAAAGAUGUUCCGUAUUCUCUUCGCUCCUGCCGCAGUAGUUCAAAGUGCCAUCAGGGCCUCUGGAGUUUGGCACCAUAACAUAUGCAGUCAGUUCUGUUUGCUUUGCAUCGUAUUUAUCCAUAUGGCUUUAUCCAUCUGUGUUGUCAGGACAUUGUCUGAAGUAUUUUGAUAUUUUCCCCUUUCCCAAGAAGCAUGGCUCAGUGUUCAAGCACAAGGGGUUAAAUUCACUUAGGUUUUCUUCUUCAAUCCUUGCACAUCCCUGCAGGGAUUAUGCUUGACAGAUGAUCAGAAGAUACUCUUCAGCUUUGACAAUUUAUGAGUUUAAAUGGUGCUCAUCAUGAACUGGGGCUACUGUUCAUGGAUCAGGCUGUUUGUUUCCAAAAUGUGGCACACAUUUAUAUUUCAGCCAACCUUUUGUUCUGCUUCCAAGAAUCAGAUGUGGACAUAUUCAUACUCCCUGUCUAGGAUAUACUUUCCCGAAAUAACCAGAGGUUCCAGCAAUGUGCAAAUCUUUAGAGCAGGAGGCCACAAUCUUGGGGUGCAGUUGGCAUAUUAGAAAUGUGGGCUCUCUUCCAAAAACUGCUGCAGGGCAUCAACUUAUUCACAGAUUGGA